AUGAGUUUACAAAAUAAUAUUAUAGUUUUUUUUUAUUUUUUUGUUUUUUUUAUAUAUUUAAAUAUUGAUUACGUAGAAUUAAAAAUAAAUAAUAUAGGCCCUGAUGAUAAUUUAAGAAUUUUUGGUCCAGAUAUAUUGGGUUCAGUUAUAAAUGCAGAACAUAAUAGUUCGUCUAGUAAUAAUGAACAAGGAGGAGGCGAAUCAGGAGAUGCUAACUUAAGAAGCAGUUCAAGGAAAGAAUCAUUAAAUAUAACAGGUAGUGAUUCAUUAAGUGGUAGACUCGGUGAAAAUGGCAUAAAUAUAGUGUAUAUAGAAAAUAAUAGAAGAGAUGAACAAGAAAGUGAAGAAAAUAAAGUAAAUAAUGAAGAGAAAUUAAAUAAGGAAACAAGUGUAGUUGAGCAGAAAAAUGAAUCAGAAGAAGAAAAUAUUAAUGAACUAGAAACAAAAUUAAAAGAAGAAGAAGAAGAAGAAGAAGGAGAAGGAGAAGGAGAAGAAGAAGAAGAAGGAGAAGAAGAAGAAGGAGAAGAAGAAGGAGAAGAAGAAGAGGAAGAAGAAGAGGAAAAGGGAGAAGAAGAAAAAGAAAAAGAAGGAAAUGAAGAAAAAAAGGAAUAUGAUAAUGAACCAAAACUAGUAGAAACACAUAAUGAAAAGACGAUAAAUAAUAAUAAAUAUAUAAAUGCAAUGCCACAAGCAAAAAUAAAUAUUAAGAAUCCAUGGAAUAACAUAUUUGAUGCAUUUAAAGUAUCAUCACAACAUAAUGGUGUUAAUUAUUUCAGAAGAGAAAUUCAAAAUGAAUACGCUUUUAAAAAUGGAUUAUAUUUUACUGCAACAACUGCUGGUGCAUAUAAUAAACUAGUAGAUACAAGUAAAUAUGCUUAUAUGAAAUUUCCUGAUGAUACUAUGAUUUUAGUUAUAACAGCUAAUAAAUUCUUUUUUCAAGAUUUGAUAUAUUCAACUAAUAAAUAUAUUGCUGUUAAGAAAAAAUUUACUUUUAUAAUAAAUAAUAUAAUACGUAAUUUGAAGAAUAAAUUUUUUUUUAAAAAUUAUCAAUAUCAAUAUUUAUUUAGAAGUGAUCCUUUUGGUUAUGAUGAAUCGAAAAAAUUGUUAGAUUUUGAUUUAUUGGGAGAAUUAUCAAAAGUAACACAAACGAUAUAUCUUGAUCCUUAUAAAAAAAAUAAAGUAAGUAUGCAUAAGUUAUACGGUGGAUGGUUUCACUUUUUGGGAAUUCUAGUAGUAAAUGGAUAUUCUUUUAAUCAAAUAGAUAAUGGAGAAAAGGUAGAUGUAGUACCCAAUUAUUUAAUAAAGGAAUUUAUAGGUCAAGUUAAUAAGAGAAAUGAUGGAUAUAAUAAUGGUUUUACAAUGGGAUUGUGGAGAGAUUUUCCAAGAAAUAGAUAUGCUCCUUGGAGGUUUUCAUUAGAAUUAUUUUUAUGGGAUCUUAUGAACAUUUUACCUCAUGAAUUACCACAUCCAGCUAACCUUAUAUUAUCUUAUAACAAUAAUAACAACAUAAUAAAAAAUAAAGAUCAAAAUGAAGAAUUAAAUAAAAAUUCAAAAUAUACUAAAGAAGAAAUAUUAAACUGGAAUUUAAUUUUAAAAGAAUAUAUAAAAGACUUAAAAGGCCUUGAUGUAGCAAUGGUUUCAGCUGAUGAUUAUAUUAAAGUAGUUAGUCAUAAUGAUAAUAAUAAUCUUACUUAUAAAAAUUAUCAGGCAGAAAAAUCCAAUGGUUAUAUUUUCCUUAUAUUAUUAAAUAAAGAAUUUUUUGUAGACGAAUUUUUAAAAAGUGAAAAUUAUAAAGAGUCAAAAAAUGAAUAUUUUGAGAGGCUUAUGGAAGAUAUAUUGGAUAAACUUAAAGGUAUUUUAAAUGAUUUAAAAGAUAUUUUAUGUCCUAAUGAUAAUAAUAAAAACCCAGUUUAUCAAUUUUACAAUUAUUUAUCAAAAGAAGAAAAUUAUAAAAUAUUGAAUCCUCAUAUAUUAGGAGAAAUUGCAGGAAUAACAAAACAUCUUAAAUGCGAAAAUAUUCCUAAUAAUAAAUGCACAAAAGAUGUAUCAAUACAUUAUAAAUAUGGUGGUUGGUUCGAAUUUGGUGGAGCAAUAUAUAUAAAAAAUGUAAAUUAUAUUAAACCAGUUUAUGAAAAACAUGAUAUUAUUAAAAAGGAAUAUGAAAAUCCUAUUUUAAUGCAAGCAAAUUGUAGUUGCCAGAGUGCAGGUUUAUGGAGAGAUAUACCAGAAAAGAAUAUGGCUCCUUAUAGAUAUCCCUUAGAAGUUUUUAUUUUAGAAAAUCCCCAAUUCAAUAUUUUGAAUAUACGAGAUAUUCAUCCAUUUAUAUUAGUAGAUUUAUUAAAUAAAGGAUUACAUGCUAUAAGAAUUCAAGCAGCAGAAGCAGAUGGGAUAAAUAACAACAAAAGAGAAACAACUAAUGCUCUCCCUAAUGAAGAAACUAAAGAAUUACAGAAAGAGGAUCAUGAAGAAGUUUACGCAGAUCAUAACAGGAAUGAAAUUAAUGUAGAGAAUAUAACGAGAAAAUGCUUAAAAUCAGAAGAAAAUGAAAAAAUUUUAAAUAGUGAAAUUUCUACCAAAGGUAACGAUGAUGAUGAAGUAAUAGAAGAAGAUGACGCUAUCUUUGAUAAUGAAGAAAGAAAAUUAUUAAGCGAAUUUGAUGCAAGUGCAACACUUAAGGGAAAUAUCGGAAACAAUUAUGAAAUCCAUGAUAAUAAAAAUGAAGGAUACGAAAGCGAAGGUGAAUAUGAAGAAAUUGAAGAUAACUAUGAAAUUGUAGAAGGUAAUGAUAGUAUAAAAAAUAAGAGCAAUGAUAUAAUGAAAGAACAUGAUUCAUUAAAAGAUUCUUCAAAAUAUACUGAAGGCAUACUAUAUAGCAAUGAAAUAGAAGAAGAUUUAGAAAGAAAUAACUUAGAAGAUAUUAGUGAUUCUUAUGAAAUAGAUGAAGAUAAAAAUGAUUUAAAUUUAUUGACUUCUAAAAAAGAUAAUACAGAUGAUUUCAAUGGUAAAGUACUCAUAUUCAUGAUAAUAUGUCUUAUAGCUAUUUGCAUUGCAUUACUUGUUAGUGUUGGAAUUAGAUUAUAUUCAAAAUUUAUGAAAAAAAAAGGAGAAAACAAUAGAAUGGUAAUGGAUUUCAAAGAUAGGGAAGAAAUUCCAGUUGUUCAAGGUAUUCCAGCACCAUGGUUAAAUGCAUAA